AAUAAGCACAAGCAUUGCUAUCCUUAUGGCGACGCUUGCGUAAGUGCGGGAAAGGGGAUGCGAUGCGCAAGAGAUCCUAAUCAAUUUCGUGAACCUUUGUACUGAGGUUUUUAUAUAAAGAUGUUUGUUUGGCUGAUUAGAUCAGCAAUGGGCCACCGCAGUCACAAGUAUUGGCGUCGCACAUCGCCUUGAAUGGGAGCAUUGACCUGGAGCGAAUAUCACUAAUGGUCAACUUCCCCCUCUUCAGUGGCACUGGCACUCCAGCCUAGUAAUGUCAUUGGCUGAUCAUAGUCGCUAGCAGGCAACCAGCAUCGCCUCUGAUUUGUCCGUGGCAUAUUUGUUGUUAGGCUAACACACAAUCAUCAAACCGAAACGUUGGGAAGUGGUUAGAAGGCACGCGGCAUCGACAUAUAAAAUAGCCCGAGAUGCCCUGGGACAGCCAGUCUUUCUUUUUUAUUUCACCUCUUGCGAUUCGCUCUUUGAUUUUGCCAUUUAUUCUUCAGCGGUUUCGCCCUCUUUUUCUUUGCCACCUUCAUUGCUUUCUACUCAGUAUGCUUGGUCGUACAAACUUUGUUUUUCUUGCCGUUGUCGGUGCUGGGAUGGUUACUGCUCAAUCGUUGUCACUAACGUCAAACUGCACGGAUUCGUUGAAAGCCUUGCUGACAUCUCCCGACUCCGCAUGUAUGAACCCGUCGGCGCUCCUCUCUUUUGUUGUUGGCACAGAGAGAUCGAUACCCAAUACCAUAAACAACUGGCUCUCGGGCCUCUGCUCUCAAGGGUCAUGCACGAACUCAUCAAUCGAGGCAAUGGUGACAAACGUCACUACAGGAUGUAGCCAGGAGCUCGCUACUGUUGGAGCACCGUUGGAUGUAAAAGACAUCGUCCUCAACGCCGUGAAACAGACUUAUCCAACUGCGAGAAACAUCGCUUGUUUGUUUGAUACUUCCUCCAACGAAUAUUGUGCGACAAAAAUCUUGUCGGAUCUCGAAACUGUGAUUGGAACCCUCACGCUUAACGACCUGAGCUUCUUCAAUAUCACUGAUGACGCGCAAAAGCUCAUACAGUCGGGUGUGGAAAACCUAGCAUGCACGAGUUGCAUUAAGGAGGGAUUUACACUGGCUAGAGAUGCUUUUCCUGACGUCGUCUCGCGUAUUGAUAGUGACGCUGCUCAAGUCUGUGGAGCUUCGUUUAUCGAUGGCAGUGUCGCGGAAAACGUGUCGCAGACCGCUGUUAGUGGUGUGUUCACAGCUACUGAGCAAGCAAACUCGGGAGUCUCCCAGGGAUUAGGUGGGGCGCUGAUGUUGGUGGGGGUUGCUACUACGUUUAUAUUGCUAGGUUAGUUACAACGUUGUGUUUUUUUAAGUCGAAAUAAGUUAUUCAGCCCGGACAAUUGAAUUUUAGCUAGUGGCCGUAAGCAAGCCGUAAAGGUUAUACUAUAGUUUUUGAAAUUUACCACGUGCCGCAAGGAAGGUUCACCGGAAUCACCACGCCUCACCACCACCUGGAUUUCUCGCUCGCACAUACACGUUGAUGACCUCGACCUCAAAUAUAUCGCGGUU